AUGGCUGAACGCGAUGUUGUGCCACGGGACCCCGGUGCUGGUGCUGCUAUGUUCGCUGACCGAAGCAGUGCACGUCUUGAUUCAGUGGACGAUUUCUCACAUUCACUGGAAGUUUGCAAUAGCAUGGAAGUGCUACGUUAUACGCAAACCACUGGUGAUGGUCACCCGUCGGCAGCAAUCAUAUCAGACAACGACAACCUGGCCGAUGUGUCCGAGGCAUUGCCAGUUAAUGCAUUGCCGGGCGAAGAGCUAGACUCGACCACAGACACAGGUUCCGGAUCUGUCUACGUCACCAACUACCGCAUCGUGAUCCUUGAUCGGGUGAAAAAUGCCGUUGCAAGUAUUCCCUUGCUAAGCGUCGAUUCAGUCGAGUUUUGGUCCGCGGAGCAAUAUGGCAUUCAGAUUAUAUGCAAAUAUGGCCGAGUUUACAGGUUACGAUGUGCCAGCGAGGUGCAGGUGGAAUUGCACCGAAGGUUGCGAAAAUCGACUUGUUCCAUUCCCACAAACGAUGUUUUCGCAUGGCAAUUUGCAAAGGCCGCCAAGGAAAAAAUUCCGGAAUGGCUAAAAAUGGACGUUGAUACGGGUGACUGUGAGUGUUCAGUUGCUGAUGAAUUUAAAAGGCUGAAGUAUAAUCCAGAUUUUUGGAAAGUUUCGGAUGUUAACGAGGAUUACUCGCUCUGUUUGACAUAUCCGAAAAGUCUGAUAGUGCCAAAGGAUAUGACCGAUGAAGAACUGAUUCAAGUGAGUAAAGCACGAAACAGUGGACGCUUCCCAACAGCAGUUUGGUGCUGUGCCAAAAAUGAAUCAGUACUGUUGCGCAGCAGUCAGCCGUGCUGUGGCAUAUUCAACUAUCGUUUUCCGGUUGACGAGAAAUUGCUGGAAUGUGCUCGAAAAGCAGUCAGCGCCGGCAAGUUUUCUUGA